CGGGCGAGGAGCGGAGAGCGGCGAGCGCGCCGCGGGGUCCGGGCUGCGGAGCGGCGCCCGCGCGGGGUCCUCGGAAUCACGAUGAGGACCUAGGGCACCCGCCUGUUGACUGUCCCCCUGGCCUGCAGUGACCAUGGCCCCCCGCAAGAGGAGUCGCCAUGGCCUGGGCUUCCUGUGCUGCUUUGGGGGCAGCGACCUCCCUGAGAUCAACCUCCGGGACAAUAACCCUCUGCAGUACCUGGAGUUCUCCGGUCCCAUCCCAAACACGGAGGAGCUCAACGUCCGCUUCGCAGAGCUGGUGGAUGAAUUGGAUCUCACCGACAAGAACCGGGAGGCGGUGUUUGCUCUGCCCCCUGAGAAGAAAUGGCAGAUCUACUGCAGCAAGAAGAAGGAGCAGGAGGACCCCAACAAGAUGGCGACCAGCUGGCCUGACUAUUACAUUGACCGCAUCAACUCCAUGGCUGCGAUGCAGAGUCUGUACAAAUUCGAUGAGGAAGAGAUAGAGAUGAGGAACCAAGUGGUGGAAGCCCUGAAGACGGCUCUCCGGACGCAGCCCAUGAGGUUCGUGACCCGCUUCAUCGAGCUGGAUGGCUUGACCUGUCUGCUGAACUUCCUCCGGAGCAUGGACCACGCCACCUGCGAGAGCCGCAUCCACACCUCUCUCAUUGGCUGCAUCAAGGCUCUGAUGAACAACUCUCAGGGGCGGGCUCACGUGCUGGCGCAGCCCGAGGCCAUCAGCACCAUCGCGCAGAGCCUGCGCACGGAGAACAGCAAGACCAAGGUGGCCGUGCUGGAGAUCCUGGGCGCCGUGUGCCUGGUGCCCGGCGGCCACAAGAAGGUUCUGCAGGCCAUGCUGCACUACCAGGUGUACGCAGCUGAGCGCACGCGCUUCCAGACCCUGCUGAACGAACUGGACCGAAGCCUGGGCCGGUACCGGGAUGAAGUGAACCUGAAGACAGCCAUCAUGUCCUUUAUCAACGCCGUCCUCAAUGCUGGCGCCGGGGAGGACAAUCUGGAGUUCCGCCUACAUCUACGGUACGAGUUCCUGAUGCUGGGGAUACAGCCCGUGAUUGACAAACUCCGGCAGCACGAGAACGCCAUCCUGGACAAGCAUUUAGACUUCUUCGAGAUGGUCCGGAAUGAGGAUGACCUGGAGCUAGCCAGGAGGUUUGACAUGGUCCACAUCGACACCAAGAGUGCUUCCCAGAUGUUUGAGCUGAUCCACCGGAAGCUGAAGCACACGGAGGCCUACCCCUGCCUGCUGUCGGUCUUGCACCACUGCCUGCAGAUGCCCUACAAGCGGAAUGGCGGCUACCUGCAGCAGUGGCAGCUCCUGGACCGCAUCCUACAGCAGAUUGUCCUCCAGGAUGAGCGGGGCGUGGACCCUGACCUGGCUCCCUUGGAGAACUUCAACGUCAAGAACAUCGUCAACAUGCUCAUCAAUGAGAAUGAAGUGAAGCAGUGGCGAGACCAGGCAGAGAAGUUCCGGAAAGGGAAGCCUUCGGAAGGGAGCACCCAGGGCCCUCAGACCACAGCAGACUCAGGUACAUGA